AUGAGUGAAAGUAAUGGCAAUGAAGACAAACCACAGAUCAAAAGUUGCCUACUGCUUUUCACGAGAACCGGUUUGGAUGACAACCAGACAGCGGUUGACACGACCGGCGAUAAGAGCGCCGCCAAUCCGGCGGACGAAGUGGACGAUUGGCGCAAAUAUAAUGUCAGUCUUUUAGACCAACACAACGAACUCAAGAAGAAGUUUGAGCUGAAGAAGGAGUCGGCGAUUGAGAAACAGCUGAAAGAAGAGGAGAAGAUAUUGGAGAGUGUGGCCGAACACAAGGCUUUGAUGGCCGUCUCAGAGUUGGCCAAAGGUAUCCAAUACGAGGACCCGAUUAAGACGGCGUGGAGACCACCGAAACACAUACGCGACGCCUCCGAAGCCAAACACGAGGCGUUGCGCGAAAAGAACCGCAUUCUGGUUGAGGGCGAAGACAAACCCCAACCAAUCAAAUCGUUCAAAGAGAUGAAAUUUCCCAAAUCUAUUCUCAGUGCGCUUAAGAAGAAGGGAAUCGUCGACCCGUCGCCCAUUCAGAUACAGGGAUUGCCGGCCGUACUGUCCGGUCGUGAUAUCAUUGGCAUCGCGUUCACCGGUUCGGGAAAGACACUGGUGUUUGUGCUGCCGAUUGUGAUGUUUUCGAUGGAACAGGAGAUGGCCCUCACGUUCAUCAAAGACGAGGGACCGUAUGGUCUGAUUAUAUGCCCGUCCCGUGAAUUAGCGAAACAAACGUUUGAAAUAAUCCAAUACUAUUGCGAAACUCUGACGAACAGCGGAAUGCCAUCACUUCGGGUCUGUCUAUGCAUUGGCGGCGUUUCGGUCAAAGACCAGAUCGAUAUAAUCAGACGCGGCGUUCAUAUAAUGGUCGCAACGCCCGGACGGCUGAUGGAUAUGUUGUCUAAGAAAACGGUGAGUUUAGAGGUGUGUCGAUACCUCGUUCUCGACGAAGCGGACCGUAUGAUCGAUAUGGGCUUCGAAGAGGACGUCAGGACUAUAUUCUCGUAUUUCAAAGGCCAGAGACAGACACUACUGUUCUCCGCAACGAUGCCGAAGAAGAUUCAAAACUUUGCGAGAAGCCAGAGACAGACACUACUGUUCUCCGCAACGAUGCCGAAGAAGAUUCAAAACUUUGCGAGAAGUGCUUUAGUGAAGCCAAUCACUGUCAACGUCGGCAGAGCCGGCGCCGCAUCCAAAGACGUGGAACAGGAGGUCGAGUACGUGAAACAAGAGGCAAAAAUUGUCCAUUUGUUGGACACACUCCAGAAGACUGAACCGCCGGUUCUUGUGUUUGCCGAGAAGAAGCAAGACGUGGACGCCAUUCAUGAGUAUCUAUUACUAAAAGGCGUGGAAGCGGUUUCCAUUCACGGCGGCAAAGAUCAAGAGGAAAGAUCACGUUCUGUGACCGAGUUUAGGAGCGGCGAGAAAGAUGUGUUGGUCGCCACUGAUGUCGCCUCAAAGGGUCUCGACUUUCAAGAGAUUAAACACGUAAUCAAUUACGAUAUGCCCGACGACAUUGAAGACUAUGUCCAUAGAAUCGGUCGAACGGGUCGUUACGGCAACAAAGGAAUUGCCACCACUUUUAUCAAUAAAUCUAUCGAUGAGUCGGUUUUGUUGGACUUAAAACACUUGUUACUCGAAGCCAAACAAAAGUUACCGCCAUUUCUGGAAGCGCUUCAAACAGAAUCGGAAAAGUACUUGGAUUUGGGCGACGAGAGGGGCUGUUCUUAUUGUGGAGGUUUGGGUCAUCGGAUCACCAAUUGUCCCAAAUUAGAGGCCGUGCAGAACAAACAGUCGGCCAGUGUUGGCCGCAAAGACUACUUGGCCUCAGGAGGAGCCGACUGGUGA